CUUCGAUUCCUCUCCUCCACAGCAUAACGUAACGUACAUUUCCAGCAUCAGCCACUGCAUACUAAUCAGCACCUUAUCCGUAUUUGCAAUAAAGGAACGCGGAAAAUCUCAAGCGACGAAUUGAGGAUCCAAACAAUCAAUAUACAUAUGACGUCAAAAUUUACCUGGAGAAUUGAAGAUUUCUCGAAAAUUAAACAUAAAAAGAUUUACUCGGUGACAUUUGUGGUGAAUGAGUACAAAUGGAGGUUGUGCCUUUUUCCAAAAGGAAGCCAAACAGAUCAUUUGUCUCUGUUCCUCCGUGUGGCUGAUGCAUCUAGCUUACCCGAUGGGUGGAGUAUAACAACUAAAUUCAGUCUAGCUCUUAUUAACCAGAUAGACCCCAAUAAAACCAUCAAGAGAGACAGGGAAAGUAAAUAUGAAGCUCAAAGCACUAGUAGGGGCUAUACUUCAUUUAUCUGGCUGAGUAAGUUUCACAAUCAAAGUGAAGGUUAUCUUGUUGAUGACAUUUGCCUUGUCGAAACUGAAAUUUCUAUGCUGACCGACGCUUCUCUAGCUUCCAACGAUAAAGUUGUAGAUUCUUCAGUCGCACUUGAUCUGGAUGGAUCUGUUUAUGUAGAGGCUCAAUCGUUUCUAGAGUCACUGCCCAAGAGACCUUCCAGUUUCGGCUGCACGGGAUCUAAUGAUCUAAAAUGUGAAAUGGAUUUCCUCAAAGGAACUUCACAUUCUGCAAAAGAAAUCCUUGACACAUUGAUAUCACACCCUUUGGAUGUUUUGGCUGAACCCCGGAAUGAAACUGCCAUACUCGAGUCCCUGUCUUCUCUAACUGCCCACAUUUAUUUGAAAGCUACUUUUCCUGAGAUGAUUCAGGAAUGGAGACGUCAAAGCAAGGGAAGAAGCGGGCAUCCCUGGUCUAGUUUUGAGCACACCCGAAAUUUGCUUGAAGACUUGGUGAAAGGGGGGGAAGGAAUAAAGGCUAAGCUGGAGAAGCUGUACAAGAAAGAAAGGGAAUUUGAAGCUCAGCUCGAGGCUAUUGAGAAUUGCAGUCUAUCUCUCAAGGAGGAAAGGCAAGAAUUAUUGAACCAGAUAAAGAUAGCGUAUACUCUUGCGGAGGAGCAGGCUAGGAAUUACAGUGAAGCAGAAGAGGUGGAGGUUGACCUGGCAAUCAAAAAGCUGAGAUUGAAGUCAAAGUGGGCUGCAACCAGACUUCUCUUCUAUUGAGAAUCAUGGCAGGCCAAGGCUUUGUCUACAUCGAAACUUAAUUACCUUUCCCAGCAUUUUGUCUUUAUCUGCUGUUAAGGAUGAGGGUGGUAAACGAAGCGAAUGGAAU